UCGUGACAAGGAAGUAUCUUUCCAUUGGAUAUGUGUGCAAUUACGUCGUUGUUUCUUUAAACAGGGAGUUGCAGAUUGGUUACCCGAAUACCUAUAGUUUGAUGACAUUGUUCGCCUUAUCAAGUGGCUUGGUAAAGUGGACAACUGCGUCAGAUUCAGACAUGGAUCUUGUGCUGAAUGUCGCCGACCACUAUGUCCUCACCCCCUACGUGUACCCGUCGUCGUGGCCUGAAGACGGGGCGCUGCGCCAGAUCAUCAGCCUGUUGGUAGUCACCAACCUGGGAGCCGCAGUCCUCUACCUGGGCCUGGGGUGGCUGAGCUACCACUUCAUCUUUGACCACAACCUCAUGAAACAUCCACAGUUUCUAAAGAUCAUUGUUGGUCCUCAGAACCAGGUGCGGCGGGAGAUCAAAUACGCCAUGACCUCGCUACCCAUAAUCAGUAUACCCACUGUGGCGUUAUUUUUCCUUGAGGUCAGAGGAUACAGCAAGCUCUAUGACGACGUCGAAGAGUCUCCCAUGGGCUGGCCCUUUGUGCUUCUCAGCAUGAUUUCCUUCUUGUUAUUCACGGACGGGUGCAUUUAUUGGAUUCAUCGGUUUCUUCACCACAAGAGUAUUUACAAGCACUUCCACAAGCCACACCAUGUGUGGAAGAUCCCCACCCCGUUUGCCAGCCACGCCUUCCACCCGCUGGAUGGCUUCCUGCAGGGUCUGCCCUACCACAUCUACCCCUUCCUCUUCCCUCUGCACAAGGUGCUCUACCUGGCCCUCUACAUCUUCGUCAAUAUCUGGACUGUGUCUAUCCAUGACGGCGACUACCGCGUGCCCGGACCACUGCAGGAAGUGGUCAACGGGGCGGCCCACCACACGGACCACCACCUCUUCUUCGACGUCAACUAUGGCCAGUACUUCACCCUGUGGGACCGCAUUGGCGGGUCUUACCGCAACCCCUCAGUACUCGAAGGGAAGGGCCCCCUCGACUGCAUUCGUAGACUGACUGCCGAGGGGAAGAUGAGCGCUAAUGGGGCUAAUGCCAAUGGGCACACGAAUGGGCAUGCUAAUGUAAGCGGUACAAAGAGUAAGGAGGAGUAGUUGGUACAUGUGGUGUAGUGUCAUGAUGAAUGAGUUCUUAGUUGAUAAAGCUAAGCUAGGUGUCACUGAUAAGGAUUAGCUCACAUACUGCUUCACACAUGGAUUGUUUUCAUUCAUUAUCCCAUUAUAAAUAAUCAAGCUACAGUUGCUUAUCUUUCUUAAACUGUCCCUUUAUUAAUUUUCCUCAUUGUUUCAAUGCUAGGGAAAGGGAGGAGGCAAGAAUGUCUUGACAUUUCACUGAAAAACACUGAUAUACUGAACAUGUGGGUGAUAUAAUUGUUUGGAACUUAAUUUCAGUUUCUGCAUUUGCCAAACAAAUACUUAAUGAGAAUUUAGACAAAAGCACCAAGCUAUUCUCAUAGUCAUAGGCUAUAGAAACCUAGCAGGCCUCUCACCAUUUCCUGGAUUGUCAUCAUUGACUUGAGAAAUAAUUGCUUAUUUUAAUGAAGUUCAUUGAGUGCAUGCUGAUUGAUUGUGCCUGUUUGGAGGUGUUGUGUGUUGUAUGGAUUUUGUUUGAUAUCUGAGGGGAGGUGACAAUGAAAUAGGAUGUCUAGUGCUGAGUAAUGCAAGAAAAUGAAAAUGCAUGACGUUCCUACAACCCCUAUGUACUAUAAGAUAUUAAGGUUGUAGUGGUUAAUGGCAGGAACUGGGAUUCUACACACCAUGACUCGUCAGAUUUGGUCAUGCUCAUAUCCAGUAGUUAACCCUCUGGGACUUUUCUCCAACAAGAUAAAAGUAAAACGUCUAUGACGAAUGGAAGUGUGUUUACCGGAAUGUUUUGCAUUUUAAAGCAGACAUAUCUGGGGAAUGAAAUAAAAUAAAAAAA